AUGAAUGAAGAACAAGAAACAUCAAAGUUUCCAAAGACUUCGAGAUUUUUCACCACAUCAGGACUUCCUGACUUACGAAUGAAUCAAUUCACUAGAGAUAAUAAACCAAUCAUAUUUAAUGGUCAAGCAACGGGAAUAAAUUAUAAUCCUUAUACAUUUCCUCAACUGAAAACAAAAGCCAAUAUUCCAUUGGAUUUUUAUAAUUUACCAUCUAAAAUAUCUAUAGUAGAAUCUAUUCCAAAUAUUGAACAAGAAAAAGAUAUUGAAAUACCAACUUUUAAUCUUAAUGAAAAUGAUAGUAUAGAUCCAAUAAAGUUUAUUGAAACUAUUGAAGAAGAUUCUGGAAAGAAAUAUGGAGCCAUUAAAGUCAAAUUACUGGAUACUGACAAUUCUAAUUUAAUAAAAUCUAAAAUUCAAAUCAAUUCAGAUUUAUUCUGGUUUGAAUCUAAUAAGUUAUUGAAUAAUCCCAAUAAAAAUGAAUUGACUAGUAGACUACAAUUUCAGAAGGAGUUAAUUGAUUUUCAUUGUUUACAUGCUCAUUCAACGAAGGCUACAAGUGCUGCAACAGCAACACAAACAGAAACAGCAACAGAAGCUCCUCGUAAACCAGUACCGUCAUUUCUUUCUAAACUUCCUAUGGUUGAUAAGCGUCCAUUGGAUUUAUAUAAAUUAUUCCGAUCAGUAAUAAUAAGAGGUGGAUUUCAAGAAGUUAUAGCCAAAAAGCUAUGGGCUCAAAUCGGUCGUGAAUUAGGUUAUAGAGGUAAAAUAAUGACUAGUUUAAGUAGUUCUUUGAAAUCUUCUUAUCAAAGAAUACUAUAUCCUUAUGAAUUAUAUCUUCGAGAUAAACGAGAACAUACUAAAUCUGAAACUCAACCUAAGGUGGAGUCAACAACAGUAGUAGUUAAUGAUAAUAAUAAACGUCCAGCAGAGGAAGACUUAUCAUAUUCUAAUGAUAUCAAGAAAUCCAAAUCCAACUCAAGCUCAAAACCAAAAUCUUGUGCUCCAUUGAUUAUUGGAUCAGCCAAAGAAUUCAAACGAUCAAUUCGAAGUAAAACUUCUAAGGGAUUUUUAAUCAAUGCUCCUCAUUUAAUAGAAGUUAAACCACUCAAUACAUUUGUAAUUAAACCUAGUGAACAAGAUAUUAAUCAAGGAAAGAAAUCUCGUAAAUUUACUGAUAAUAUUGAAACUCCUAUCUUACCACAAUCUCAAAUGGAUCGAGCAUUAAAAUUUAUGAUUGAUAAUCAAUCAGUAUUAGAAGAUAAAUCAAGAAUGAAAUCUAGUGUUAAUUCAUCAUUUUAUACAUUAAGACAAUUUAUGGAAAAGGAUUUAAAAUUUCAAGAAUUUAUUCUAGAACAUCAUGGUGAGAAAUUCAAUGCUUCACCUAAUGGAUAUUAUAAGAAUUCAAUUUCUAAUGGUUAUGUUCAUGAUGCAGAAAGAAAAGCUAUUGAUAUUGAUUCAUUUGAAAAAUUAUAUUGGAAAUUCAUUAAUAAUGAAGAGAUUCAUCCAUUAGGUAAUAAUGGAUUAGAAUUAGAAAGUGGAGUAGAUAUUCCUAGUUAUAUUAAUGGAUCAGCCUUUGUUCAACUUGGAGAUGAUGUACCUAAAUAUAAGAAUAGUUGUCAUAAUCUUAGUCUUAUUAAUUCUACUAAUAAAGCAAUAAAUGCUAAUAUUAAGAUUGGUGGACAAGGUACAACCACCGGUACAAGUACAACUACUGAUACUACAACUACAAACACUUCAACUAUACCUACCACUACCACUACAACUACAAAUACUAGUUCUAAUGCUUCGACUAGUGAAGCAUCCUAUUUUAAUACUCCUGAAUAUAUCUCUAGUAUUGUUUCAGCCGCAUUAUUACCAUGGAAUUUACAUAAUUUACCAAUAUUACCUAAUUCAUUACUUGGAUGUUUCUCUGAUUCUGAUCUUAAUAAUAAAGAAUUAGUUAAUACAAGAUUAAAUAUAGGAAUGACAUUUAGUACUGAUAAUUGGAGAUGUGAAGAUCAUUUUACUAAUUCAAUUAAUUAUCAUUUCUUUGGAGCAGUAAAGCGAUGGUAUUUUAUACCUGAACUGGAAUUUGAAAAAUUUCAAUUAUUAGUUAAAGAAAUUAAUGAACAAGAAAUUUCUCGAAUUAAUAUUAAUAAUAUUAAUUGGAAUAUUGAAGAAUUAACUAAAUAUUUAGUUAAUUCACCAUAUUUAGAUUAUGAUAAUUUAAUGAUAUCAUUAGAAAAUAUGAUUAAUCCAAUACUGGAUAUUCGAUUACCUCAUAUUAAUGAAUAUUUUCAAUCAUUAAUUGAAUUAAAAUCUGGUCAGUCUCAGUCUAAUUCUAAAUGUCUUAAAUAUAAUCAAGAAUUCUUUAUAACCCCUAAAUUACUUAAAGAAAGAGGAAUAAAAUUUACAACAACUUUACAAAGACCCGGAGAAUUUAUUAUUAAAUUACCCAAAACUUAUUCAGCUUGUGUAUCAUUUGGAUUUAGUUUAAGUGAAGAAGUUAAUUUUGCAACCAAAAAUUGGUUAGAUUAUGCAUUAGAAGCUGAAACUUGGUUAUCAAAUCAAUCAACUAUAUGUAAUUUUCUGACAUUUAAAUUAUUAAUUAAUUUAAUUCAAAUUUAUGAUUCUGGUCAAAGUAUUGGAUUUAAUUCAGAUAUUUAUAAUAAAAUUCGUCCCAUUUAUGAUAAUUUAUUAGAACAAGAACUUGAAUUACGAUCAAAAAUUCGUAAAUUGAAAAUUAAAGAAGUAUUAAUUGAUGAAAAACAAUUUCAAAUUUUUGAUAAUGAAAUGAUAUCUGAUGAUGAUCUUCGAUAUACAUUUCCUACUAAAGUAGUUGUAAUUGAUAAUAAAUCAAAACAUACUUUAAAUCUUACAAUGAAUUCAUUUCUUGAAUAUUAUGAAGACAAUAAAUUCGAUCCAAAGAAUUUUACAUUUGAAAUAUAUCUUUAUUAUUCUGAUGAAAAAUUGAAAAAUUUCGCUAAAUUAUUAGGAAAUUAUUCAAUUGAUCAUCAAAGUUGGAUGAAAAAUUAUAUUGAAUUAAUGAAAGAGAAUUCUGAUGUUUCAUUAAAGACUUAUCGAACUUUAUUAAAUGAAGGGGAAAGAAUUCUUUCAGCUAUUGAAUCAACUAAUUCUUUAAAUCCUUUAGGAAUUCAACAAUCAAGUCAAUCAGAAGGUUUAUAUAUAUUUAAAAAACAAAUUGAUAAUCUUCGAUAUUUUAUUAAAUCUUCCAAUGAAUUUAUUGAAGAAUGUCAAAAUUUAUUAUCUAUAAAACAUCAACAAAGAAUUAGAAGUGGGAAUGAAUAUCGUAGAACAAAUGGAUUAAAUGAUUUAUUAGAAUUAAUUAAAAGAAUUCCAAAUUUAAAUUUUUCUUGUACAGAAAUUGAUCAAAUUCUUGAAUUUAAAAUGGAAAUUGAAAAUUUCGAUAAAGCUUGUCGAACAUUAUUAUCUAAAAAGAAUAGACCAAUUCAAGAAUUUGAUGAUUUAAUUAGUUUAGGUGAAAGUUUUGGAAUUAAUAUCCCUUCACUUACAUUUAUAACUAGAAUUAGAGAUCGAUUAAAUUGGGUUAAAACUUAUAGUAUAAUUCAAAAGGGUAUAGAUCCAUUAUCUGAUAAAAAGGAAGUAUUUACUAUUGAAAAACUUAAACAAUUCUUUGAAGAAGGUUUAUCAAUUUUAUCAAAGGAAGAUAUUAAUAUGAUUAAAGAUAUGGAAAUUAUAGUUAAUAAUAGUGAAGAAUUUGAACAAGAAUGUACCGAAUUCUUAAACAUUGAUUAUGUGGAGAAUUUUAAUAUGGAUAAAUUAAAAUUUAUUGCUGAAAGAUUUCGAACUGAAAAAUUAUUUAUUAGUAUGGAAAAUUAUAUUGAACUUUCAAAAUUACAUAUAUAUUCCAAAUUAAUAAGUCAAUUUAAUGAAUUUAAAAAUUCUAAUAUAUCAAUUACUUAUGCUGAUGGUAAACAAAUGCAUAAUUUAAUUAAUGAAAGUGAAUUAAAAUUUAAUGAUAAAAUAUUAAUAUCAGAACUUUUAAAAACUGAAGAAUUUAUUAAUGAUUUAUGGAAGAAACUUUCUGAUAUUAAAAUUAUAACUACUCUUAGUAAAGAUGUUAAUUUAGAUCAUCUUAAUAAUAGAUUAACAAUUAAUUCAAAAUUAAUUGAAAAAUUAUAUCAAUUUCUUUAUAAAUCAGAAUUUAGUCUUUCAGAAGAGGAUAAAUAUGAAAAUUCAUCAUCAUUUGUGACUAAAUUUUGUACUGAUGAAGAAUCAGAUGAUACAAGUAUUAAAUUUUAUUGUUUAUGUCGAGAAUAUGAAUUUGGUACUAUGGUUGAAUGUGAUAAAUGUAAUGAAUGGUAUCAUAUUCUGUGUGUUGGUGAACAAGUAAGUAAUUCUGAAGAUGAUACUUAUACAUGUCCAUUAUGUAAAUUAAUUGAUUCUAAGAAUUCUACUGAUUCUUUUUUAAGUAAUCAAGUAACUUUAACUAAAUGUUAUGAAAUUAAACAAGAAUUUUUAUCAUUAAAAAUUCAUCCUUCAAAUGAAUCUAAAGUAUUAGAUGAAAAGAUAUUACAAAUUAUUAAUGAUAAAGAUAUUUCAUUGGCUAAAAGGUUAGAUAAACUUAUGUUUAUAUUAAGAUGUGUCUAUGGAUGUGGAAUUUAUUUAGAUGAUGUAUUUGCGAAUAUACUUGAAAAGGUUAGAGUUUAUGGAUGUGAAUAUGACAAGAUUAAAACUGCUGAAAAGUUGAAAAUAGAGGCAGAAAAAUUGGAGGAGGAAAAGAAAUUGGAGUUGAAGUUGAAGGAAGAAGAGUUAAAGAUACAGACAGAGAAAUCGAAGAUAGAAACUGUUACUGAAGAUCAACCACAAGUAGAUGAGCCAGUAGUCGCACAAGAGCUCAAUAUAGAAGAAAAAAUCAUAGAGGUGGCUACCUCUACGUCUAGUAGGGAACAGGUACAAGCUGAAAGUAGAAUUGAUGAUGAGUUUGUGAAAGAAGUAGCAGUACAAGAAGACCAUCCUAUAAGCAAACAACAACUGGAAGAAUCUCAGAUUCCUAUUGAAAAUGGGAAUAAAUCUGAAUCUCAAGUUGAUGUUAGCUCCACUUCCACUUCCACUUCCACUUCCAUUCCCAUUCCCAUUCCUGAACCAGAAAAUGGACACACAAACACUCAAAUUUCCGAACCAGACAAUGGUGUUCUCAAUGGAACUCCUACUAAAUUAGAAGAUCCAAGCCAUUCUAAUAAUAUAGCCCAGAUCAUAUAA